UUCACUUUGGGUUUUUCACCUUGGGGGUUUCACCGAGCUCAGGUUUGUUGACAGACCUACGCAAGGUACACAAGGCGCAACAGGUAAAAUGAGUGCUGCUAAGAUGCUAGGUUCCAGUUUAUGCUGUCUUAUGCUCAUCUAUAUUGGAGGAGCAUAUGGCGGAUCUUGUGAUUCUUAUGUCGACGCCUGGGGAACAACUCAGCCUGCGCAGGAGUGUAAUACCCUAACAUUAACUUACUGUUGCAACACUGGUACUACGUACUACUAUUGCUGUGACCAGGCUUCUUAUGAUGCCCAGGAUUGGGUCGAUUGGGGGGACGAUUUGGAGGAAGCGGCAGGAUUAGCUACUAGUAUUAUCAUUGGUAUCGUCUGUGGUGUAAUUGGACUCAUUGUUCUCAUUAUUGUGUGCAUUGUAAUAUGUUGUUGCUGUUGUGUUGGAGCAGCUGCAUCUGCAGGCAGCAAAAGUGCCACUACUACAACCGUCGUCCAAGGAAACGCAGUUCAACCAACUCCUGUGUAUAGCGAGGCGCCGCCCCCAACAUAUCAACAACCACCGCCAGCUCAACCGGCAUAUCAACAACCUCCGGCAACUGAGACCUCCCCGGUGUGAUCGGAUGAACGGGGUUGAACCACGUAGCGAUUCCGUCCAACUCUUCUUUAGUUUCUAGUAUAUCUUUUUUUAAUCACAUACAAUUGGCAGCUCACUUUUAACGCACGGAUGAUUGUACGUUCGAUUUUUAAAAAAUGAUUGAUUAUUGUCAAGUCAAUAGCAUGAUCCGAUUUUCAAAAUGUUGACGUUACGGUGGCCACAUUUACUUUAUUUAGCCAUGACGCCAUGUAACCUAACCUGGAAUCCAGUAAUUCCGCGUACAUCCGAGAAUAACGACGUGUCAAUGUCUCUUGAUCACCGAUGUCAUGUUUGAAGAAAGGAUUUCAUAUUCUACAAUGACAAUCAUUGCUUGUUUAGCAUACAUUAAUUAUAAAAAGAUUUACAUGUGGUUGUGUAAAAUAGUUUUUGUAUAUGGUUUGAAUUCACAUAUUAAAGAAUAUAUAUCUUUUAUUAUUUUUCAUGAAAAA